AUGCUGUCGUUGGGUCGCGAUUGGGUGACGUGUGCGAUCGCGAGACGUUUGGUGGAACAAGUUCAGACUACGAUGGCAGGAAGAACUAGCGAAGCGCAAAAGUUCCUCCGCGAUUCCAGCCAUACCUCCCCAUCUUCCGUCGACUUGGAAGCUCCGCAUCGACUAGCCUCGACUGCGUCCAACGGCAAGGCCACCCUCACCCCCAUUGACGAUCUUGCCAGUGUUCAGACCGACGAGACGUCACAACCAAUAGCAGCAGAAUCCAAAUCAGCGCCGCAUCCCAGCCAAUGGCGCAUCGUAUGGAGCCUUGUCACAGGAAGCUACGUGAACGUCUUGCUUCUCCUCAUGCCAGUCGCGGCAUAUUCGUACAUCGACAAGUGGGGCGACAUCCCCAUCUUCGUCCUCAAUUUUUUGGCCAUGAUGCCACUGGCGAACAUUCUCGGCGAAGCGACUGAAACCCUUGCGGAACACUGCGGCGACACCAUCGGCGGUCUCGUCAAUGCUACGUUCGGCAACGCCGUGGAGGUGAUCAUUGCCGUGUUCGCGUUGAAGAAGGGCGAGAUCGCGCUCGUCCAGAGCUCGCUGCUCGGGUCCAUGCUGUCGAACCUGCUGCUCGUGCUAGGGUGCUGCUUCAUCGCCGCCCACAUCGGCGGGGUGUCUGAGACGUCAUUUAGCGGCCGCAGCGCCGCCACCAACAUGUCGCUGCUGUUCGUGACGAGCUUCGCCAUGCUCGUGCCGACGUACUACCACUACUCCAACUUUGCCUCGUCUGCCGCCGUGCGCGAAGAAGAGGUGCUGGUCAUGUCCCGCGUGUCAGCCAUCUUUCUCAUCGCCAUGUACUUGCAACUGCUGGUGUUUCAGCUACAUACCCAUCGGCCCCGCCCAACGGUCGUGCCCGCGCUGGAAGCAUCCGCCGCCGUCGCCGGCGAAUCGCUCGACGAGCCCGAUAGCCACGAGCCGCAGAUGUCGUUGUGGAUGAGUGUCGUGGUGCUGGCGGUGUCAACAGCCCUCGUCUCGAUCUUUUCUGAGUUCCUCGUCGCGUCCGUGGACGGGUUCACCGAGUCGGCCAACAUCAGUCGGUCAUUCGUGGGGAUCAUCUUGCUGCCCAUCGUUGGCAACGCCGUCGAGCACGUGACAGCCAUCAAGGUUGCGCUAAAGAACAACAUGGAGCUAGCCCUGGGCGUGGCCGUGGGCUCUGCGACACAGAUCUCGCUGUUCGUGGUGCCAUUUUGUGUGGUCGCGGGGUGGGUGAUGGGGCAGCCCAUGACGCUGGCGUUCCCGACCUUUGACGCCGUCACGUACGUGAUCAGCAUCGUGAUUGUCUAUGCCAUCGUGUCCAACGGCACGUCCAACUGGCUCGAAGGCUCGAUGCUGCUCACGCUCUACUGCCUCAUUGGGGUCGCACUCAUUGAAAUGGAGCUGAUCGACGAUUAAGCAAGAGUUGUCAAAUGUACAAAGUCACGAUAGAGUUCUGUUUCCUCGCAACACAAGACACACAUCCUGUAAAACCAAAUGAGCGCUAUGCCGAUUGAAAUACUUGU